UUUUCAGUAGAGUUACAUUCAUAUUGGUUCGCUUUGUGCAGACAGACUCGGUGGAGUCACUCGAGUCUAAUAAACUCUUUGUGGUUCCUUUCUCUUGUAUAUUAUAAAUUUUAAAUUCACUUGCCAGGACAUGAUUUAAUUAUGUGAAGCUAGUUAAAAAACAGCACAAUUUACAAUCACUUUUAAUCGUCUCUUUUUGAUGCUGCGCGCUUUUUACCGUUCUGCCAGUUUGUAAGACACAAAAUGGAGGCUUAGCGAGCGUCUAAGAUCUGUAAACGUAGUCUGUGAUUUUCAGGUUUGUUUAAACCUUAAAUUUAAUCUGAUGUAGCCAGGUAUAAAAUCGGCUUCUGUUUUUCCGUAAAAAUAAUAACAGACUCAUUAUAUAUUAUAAUAUAUAUUUUAUAUUUUGUUUAUAAUUUCUUCACCUCUUUUCUAACGACGCACUUUAAUGAUCCUCCUUUAGUCCAACGUAACACGUAACAACAUCACGUGGCUCAGCUUACUUAAGAGACGAGUCAGACUUUUUGAGAUCGAGUAGCCGAUCUGCAAGUAUCAAAUUUUGACCUUUAUUUAAACCUUAAAUGUAAUCUGAUGUGUUCAGGUUUAAACUCAGGUUCAGUUAUUGAGUGAAAACACCAACAGACUCAGACAUUUAGAACAAACUAAGAGUCAGAUCAGCAGAAACAGAGAACACGGACAUGUCUGCUGUAACUGCGUCACUCUGCUCCACGCUGAUGUUUGUCCUGUUCGUCUCUGCAGACCAGAAAACCAUCACAGCUGAGUCUGGACAGGACGUCACUCUGACAUGUCGAGCUCCAAACAACAACAUCACAGUUGUAGAGUGGAGCAGAGCUGACCUGGGAGAUGAAUAUGUGCUUGUGUACCGGGAUGGUCGGCCCCUUGACAACCAGCAUCCAUCUUUUAAAAACCGGGUGGAUCUGCAGGACAGACAGAUGAAGGAUGGAGACGUGUCUUUGAUUCUGAAGGAUGUGAUGAUUAAUGACACUGGAACAUACAAGUGUCGUGUCUUCAUGAGAGAAACUCGCUCAUGGAAGUCCAUCAGCAUCAUCACACUGACAGUUGUUCCUCCAGGUCAGACAGGAGGACACAAAGAGGAUGGAGGGAAGAAGGAGGAUGGAUCUGUUGGACUGAUCCUUGGUCUCUCAGUUGCUGCUGUGCUUCUUCUUCUUGUUGCUGCUGUUGUUGUUGUUUUGAUCUACAGAAAAAGGAAACAGAAUUCUGCUGAUCCAGAUAAAGAGGGGCUUCUUGAGCCUCUACAACAUGAAUACCAGGAAAACGUCACAGCUGAGUCUGGACAGGACGUCACUCUGACAUGUCAAGCUCUAAACAACAACAUCAGAGCUGUAAAGUGGAGCAGAGCUGACCUGAAAAAUAAGCAUGUGCUUUUGUACCGAAAUGGGAAGUUUGUUUCAAACAACCAGCAUCCAUCUUUUAAGAACCGGGUGGAUCUGCAGGACAGACAGAUGAAGGAUGGAGACGUGUCUUUGAUUCUGAAGGAUGUGUCGACUGAUGAUGAUGGUUCAUACAAGUGUCAUGUCCUCAUGAGAGAAACUCGCUCAUGGAAGUCCAUCAGCAUCAUCACACUGACAGUUGUUCCUCCAGUGCAGAGAAACAUCACAGCUGAGUCUGGACAGGACGUCACUCUGACAUGUCGAGCUCCAAACAACAACAUCAGCUCUGUACAAUGGGGCAAAGAUGACCUGGAAGCUUGUUUUGAGCUUCAGUACAAGGACGGGCAGUUUCUUCUAGCCAACCAGCAUCCGUCUUUUAAGAACCGGGUGGAUCUGCAGGACAGACAGAUGAAGGAUGGAAACGUGUCUUUGAUUCUGAAGGAUGUGACGAUUAAUGACACUGGAACAUACGAGUGUCUUGUCUUCAUGGAAGAAACUGAGAAAUAUGAGCAAAGCAUCAUCAACCUUCAUGUUGUUCCUCCAGAUCAGAAAGAGGACAGGAUGUCACUCUGACAUGUCGAGCUCCAAACAGUGAGUCAGAGAAAAUGAACCAACACCUUCAUCAACCUGAUUAUUGAUCCAGAGAGUUAGUCUGAGUUGAUCCACAUAGGCUUUUUUGUUUGUUGUAGAAAUGCUUUAUAUGGGCAUUUAGCUUGGGUUUGUGUGGAUACCACACAUUUCGUUAUUAGAGAUGGCACGAUACCACUUUUCAUGUCCAAUAUCAUGAUUUUGGAUAUCUGCCGAGACCGAUAUCUAUCUGAUUUAGUGUAUUUUAUAAUCAGUAAAACUGUUUUUUUUUAUAAAUAUCUUGCUCCAUUUUGUAUACGUUCAUACUCAAGUUUUAAAAAUCAAAACAUUAAAGCUAUUCUCUUAUACCUCUAUGCAAAAAAUACACUGCACCCCAAAUAUUUGAUAGUUCAGCGAUACUGAUCAAUCUAAUAAACUUAAACCAACACCAUCGUCCCUGUUCUGCUAUUUAGCAGAAAUAUUAAACAGACUAACUAAUAGGGUUGCCAACUCCCAGCAAAAAAAUAGGGAAGCACCCCCCCUCAGCCUCGUGAUGCUUAAUCGACUUUAAUUUAACCCUUUAACCCUUGUAUGGUGUUCUGGUCUGUGAGACCCGUUUUCAGUUUUUUUUCAAAAGAAAAAUUAAACGAUUAAUUAAAUCUGAACUAAUUUUCAAUGACCUCAUACUGUACCUCCCCCCACGCAUUUACAUUACAUACAAGGUGUUCGGGUCCACUGGACCCAGGUCUAAUAAAAGUGUUGAAAGUG